AAAAAAAAUUAUUGCACGGCUCUUGCCUCAAUGGUAACUUUAGGAUUCUCGAUAUCCUGUUUGCUCUGGACCAGCCUCAAUUCUUUCUCUCGGCUAGUAGGUGUGGAACCUGGAAGGAAAUGAAAUGCUGAAGUAGAUCAAGAAACAAUGGUAGAAGAUACGUUUAUUUACAGAAUCCCUAUACAGAGCAAUAUAGAAUUAAAAAAACUAUUAUCCACAGGUAUUUAGUGGCAUAUUCUCAGCAGCACACUUUAGUUCCUUGAGUUUACAUUUAAAUAUGUUAUUACUGAUAAUGGUGAUUUCAACAUUAGAUUUUUCCUAUCAGCAGUAGAAUAAAAUGGUAAUGACUGUAUAGAGUUAAAUUAUACCCAGUUCCUUAUUCUGGAUAUAUGUGGCGCUUUUCAAACACUAGAUAUUUCAAAAACUUCCUUUGUAGUUUAUCCAGUCUUUUCCUUGUGCCACUGAUAGUUUCAAAUUAUCGACAAUUUCUAACGACGAAUCCAUACGUUCUGUACGCUUCAGCAAUUUUGUUAUCAAUAUUAUUAAACGGAUUUGUGAAUCGAAUAAUACUCCUCGGUUUUCAUUUGUUAAAUGACGCUCCAAAAAAAUCCCAUCAUUGUGGUAAUCAAAUAAAAUUUGUACUUUUUUUUCAGUGAUAAUUAUUAAAACAAAUUUGUUGAACAUGACCUGUAAUCUACAUCAAUUUUCUAUAGCAGUUGUUCCACAAUAGGCUUUAAGAACAGCAGAUCAUUAAUGAACAUAUUAAAUAAAAGUGGACCUAAGUUCGAUCCUUGGAGAACACCUGAGUUUACACUAUAUGUGUUAGAAGUACAUACUGUGAAGAAUUACAAAAUUCUACCAAAUCCGUCGAGAAAUCAUCACCAAGUUUUUUUUAAUGAGAAUAACAGUCACUUGAUCAAAAGCUUUUGAAAAAGUAAAAGCACCUCUUGGCCCUAAGCAAAAAGCCUAGCGCUUUCCCAGCAGCUGCCGCUAUUGAAGAAUACAUUCAGUAUGAAGUUUACUAGUGAGACAUCUAUGAAGCGUUAAGAAUAAGCUACCUUCUUUUAUACCGCAGGCGGUAUGAGAAGACGCAGUGUUUGAAGAUGAAGUGAUGCAAUGUGUAAGUGAUACGCUAGAUAUAUUGCAAACUGUUAACAAUACUUUAGUCAUUCGCCAGUUUGUAGGGAUCCAAUUUCUCUUAUUUCUGGUGGUGCUAUAAAAGUUAUUUAUUCACUUUGUUCAAUGUCCUUUAUGGUACCUCCAAUGCAGGUUCUGGGUUAAACACAAUCCUUCUUUGUACUUUGUUGAGGCAGUAUUUUUAACAGUUUUCAUAAAUGUAAUUUUUCCUUUUAUCCAUUAAAUCUUAU